UGGGAGGGGCGGGGAUGGGGGACCCCCGUGCUGUGCUGCUGCUGAGCGGCAAAAGGAAAUCGGGGAAAGAUUUCGUGGCGGCGGAGAUCCAGAAGCGGUUGGGUUCCGACGUGUGCACCGUGCUGCGCCUGUCCGGACCGCUGAAGGAGCGAUACGCGCAGGAGCACGGCCUUGAUUUCCAACGGCUCCUGGAUGCCAGUGCCUACAAGGAGCAGUACAGGCAGGACAUGAUCCGCUGGGGCGAGGAGAAGCGCCGCGCCGACCCCGGAUUCUUCUGCCGCACCGCGGUGCAGGGCGCAGCACAGCCGGUGUGGGUGGUGAGUGACACGCGGCGCCUCUCGGAUGUGGAGUGGUUCCGGGAUGCCUACGGGGACGCGGUGCUGACCGUGCGUGUGACGGCCACCGAGGAGACGAGGAGGAGGAGGAGUUGGGUCUUUGUGGCGGGGGUGGACGACGCUGAGUCUGAGUGCGGCCUGGACCAGGGGGUGACCUUCGAUUGGGUGAUCACCAACGAUGGGGACGGGGCAGCCCUGGGUGCACAGCUGGAGGCGCUGCUGCAGGACGUCCGCAGCCGCCUGUAGCCACGGGAUGGGGAUGGAAAUGGUGUAGGGACCUCAUCCGUCCCGGGGGCUUCACCCUUUAUGGGGUCUCAUGGUGCUGGGGAAGGUGGAGACCCCUCCCCAAGAACUUCCAUCUGCAGAGGCUGUGCCUUCCUGCAGGAGUGGGGCUUGCUGCUGCUCAGGGACCUUCAACCACAGCAUGGGGACAGUGCCCCGUGUCCCCCCCUCCCCCCCCGGGGUGCCUCCAAAUAAAGCGCUGACGCUGAAUAACGCGUGGGGUCCGCA